GUCAAUUGUAUUGUGGACUUGCCGUUCGAAUUUGUCCUCUUGCGUACAUUCGUCCAAUGAAAAUAUAACUUUUUAUGAUGAUAAUCUGAUGUAUUGAAUAAUUAUUGUUAUUUUUUAGUUGUCAUUUAUUCAUUUAUAAUAGAACCUAUCUCAAUUUCAAUCGAGUUUGAACUGCUUUAAUCUUAAAGUCACAAUAUUGCUAAAAACAGCUGCAGUAGCGUCUAAAAUAUAGAGUGGGACAGUAGGACAUGGUGCCAUCCGUUUAACUUGUUUGCCGUUCAUAGAAAUUAAUGAAUUAAUUAUAAAAAGAAAAUAAACGACUUUUGCACAUAAUUUAAAAAGAGAAAGACGACAAGUAAUAGGUACUAAAUAUAUUUGAUGUUAUCGACUUUAACAGCCCACAAUAAUCCUAUAUUGUACUAUAUAUAAAACUAUACAAUCGUCUCUCACAACGAAAUCAUUUUUAUUAAGAUAAGACUAGGAAAGACCUGGUGGCUUAUACGAAAAUCAAACGAGAUCGUCUUAAUUACCUACUUAGAUAAUUCCAUAGGCAAUAUUUUGGUACCUACCAAUAUUUCGCUUAGUAUAAAGGUUAUGUAACAAAAAAUAUACCCCAACCAAUUAUCGGUUUUGUUUAUUUAAGUAAAAGUAGGGUAGUUUAUAAAUAAACAUAAAAUACGUAUGUUGUAUGUGUGUUAGGUUCCACCGUUAUCUUCAAUGUCCACUGAAAAAUUGUAUAUAAUUGAGUUUUAUUAGAUAUAGAGAUACCUUUUAAUAAAAUAGGUUAAAGUACCUAUACGGCUAUAACAGGAAACACGCGCUCGAAUAAUGCGGAAUUAUUAUGUACGGUUCUGAAAUAAAUUGGAUCAUAUUUUACGAUCAGAAUAUUAAGUGUUAGUAGUAGUACAGUGCGAUUUGUAUAAUUUAAUUUCUGUUCAAAAGUACCAUAAUGGCUGUUCUUUAUGAAUUAUUAUCGAAAUAAUAUUCAGAAUGAUAAAAAAUAAAGAUACCAUAAUUCCAGUCACUGCAGAUUUUGAAUGUAUUGUUAAGAAAAGCUGUAAUGACCAUAACAAAAGAAAAAUAAUAACUAAUAAAUGGAGAAAAUCAAAUAUACACAAUUAUGAAAGUCGAAAUUCUAUUAAAAUGGAUGAAAUGAAUACAAAAAUAACUAAAUGUGAUACACAAUUUUCACUUCAACAAUAUCACCAGAAUAAUCCAUCAUUAUCAGUUAAAGGCUAUAAAUAUAGAUCACACGUUAAUGAUCAAUUCUAUAUAAAAAAAAAAAAAAUGUUUAAUGAUAAUUUAUCAUCAGAACAAUCAUCACUAAAAUGUGAUAGGUCUGAAAAUGAAGACAAUAGAAAAAAUAAUAUAUUCAAUUUAGAAAAUACAAAUAUUGAUAAUAAUGAACAUGAGCCUGAAACAAUAAUUGUCGAAACACAACAAAAUAAAACAGCUAUAUCUUUAUUAAACGAAUGGGCCAUGCGUGGUGAAGGAAAAAAAUCAUUUACUGUGUCAUAUGUGCUUGUGGCUAUUACUGGACAUGCACAUAAGCCAAUAUUUACAUAUAUGUGUCAAACACACAAUAUGAAAGCUUUAGGAGAGGGGAAAUCUAAAAAGGAAGCAAAACAAAAUGCUGCUGCCCAAAUGUGUGAAAAACUUUUGAGUUUUAAAAUUGACUCGGUGAAUGACAGUGAUAAAGUUAUAACGUCUACUACCUCCACUGAUAACUUUGAAGUUAGUGAAAAUGAUACAUUUUUAAGUAGCACUGAAGGAUCACAAGAUAUAGAUGAAACUAACUCAGAUAUGGGCGAUGAAGGAUUGUAUUUACAACAAUUUAAACACGAAGCUGUACAAAUUGCCCAUUGUGAUAUGAAUCCUAUUGGAGCGUUGCAAGAGUUAUGCACAACACAUAAAUGGACACCUCCAUUCUACAGUUUUGAUAUAUUAAACAAAGAUCAAAGUGAAAGUAAAAUAGUAUUAUACAAAGUUACAUGUGAAGUUUUUCAUUUACAAACAAUGGGAAUGGAUAGCUUCAAGAAAGGAGCUAAACGUAAGGCCGCACGUCUUAUGUUUGAAAAGAUUUUGAACAUUGGCACAGAACAAUUGAAGGAAUUAAAAUCUUCAUAUCCAAUAACAUUGUUAUCAAUUGAGGAUUGUAAACAAAAUAAAUGUAUUUCUGUGCAUGAUGAGGAAAAUCAAAAUGUAACAAAUAAAUGGUUAUCAGCAUAUUGUUUCCUGUCAUAUUUUUCAGAAACAAUUGCUUCUAGAACAGCAAUGAAUGAUAUAACAACAAUUUCUUUAGUUGAGAAUAAGGAUAAUCCAAUGCAAGGGGAUCAACAGCCAGAGCAAAAUACAAUGGAAUUGGAACAAUAUAUUGAACAUUAUGACCCAAAUACAAUUGCUGUUAAUAAAUUAGAAACUUUAUGCAAGGAACUAGGUUUCCAAGCAAUUUAUGUGUGUCUGGGAGCUCAAAAACAAAAAGAUACUGAAAAUAAUACCAGCCAAGAUGAAGAAUAUGCUGUAUUAGUACAAGUAACUUCUGUACCGAUUACUGUUACAACUGGAUAUGGAGCCACUGCUGAUGUGGCAGCAGAAGAAGCUGCUAAAUCUAUACUACAGACUUUCAAAGCAAUGUUGCUCUUUACUAAACCAGCCACUGUAAAUUUCAAUAAUAAUAAUGAGGAGGAAAAAACUAUAAAUGUAUUGUAAACAUUUAAAUUUAGUUAUAUAAUUGAGUAUUUAUAUUAGUUACAUGAAAAGUAUUUAAAACAUUUAUUGAUUUAAUUAUGGUUAACAAAUUAUUGGGUUUAUCAUGAUCAUUUAUAGAAGUACUACCAGUACAAAUUAAUUUUAUAAAUUGUUUUACUUUCACUCAAAUCAAGAAGUUUUCAGUUUUUGUUAGUUACGAUGAAAAAAAUCAUGAGUAACAAUUGAUUUUUCUCAUGUCGAUCAUUAUAUUAUAUUGUGUUUUACAAACUACCUAUGUCAGUACUUAAUAUUAUGAUGUUUAAAUAGAAAUAAUUGU